AUGAACUUCUUCCAAAAGCCCAGGCGGUCCUUCCUCGGUCUUUCCACCUCCCAGGACCAAUCGCCGCAGUCGCCUCCUCCCUGCCACUGGAAUAUUCCCUCCCCGGCUACCGGCCUCAGUUUUGCUUCCAUCGCCAUCGACACUCCUCGACCAGCCAACGUUCUUGAGUCUGUGGCCGUCGGGAAUUCAGCUUGUAUCGGAGACCACGGAGUUGAUCUCGCCGCCGGGAAUUCCUCUUCUUCCGGCUGCACGGAGUUCAUCGACGGAGCCGGUGGCCGGGUCGACCGUGUUGAUAAGUUGGCAUUGUGCACGGAGAGCCUAGGGUUUGAGAACUCCAGCGUAAGGGCGAGCAUCUCGGGGGAUCCGACGGAGGAGACGCCGUCGACGAACGGAGUCAUGGCAAGGCAGGUAGUGGCGAGAGGCGGGAUGGAGAGAGAGAGGUGGAUGAAUUUCCCGCCAAUUUUGUCCAGUUUGAAGACGAACGGACGGCCGAGAUUCGAUCUGAGGGCGGUGAGGGGGGACGGACGGCUGGUGAUCCUCAAGGUGCGUAAUGAUCGGCCGGAGAUCGUUAGAUCUCGGAAGAGAGACGGGCGGCUGAGAAUGCACCUGAUCAAAGAUGAUCAAGAAGAAGAAGAAGAAAACAACAGCCACGAAGAAGAAGACGACGAAGAAGAAGGAUCGACUGGUAGUGAUCAUCAAGACAAAGAAGAGGAAGUGAGUUAA